CCUCGGAUGCAAGGGCUUUUCAUUUUUCACUUUUUUUUAAAGAAUUUAUAUACUCCGUCUUUGUUUUUUGUUUUUGUUUUAAACAAGCUCAUUGACGGACAGGAAAUAUAAAUUUAAAGCCACACGUUUUUAUUUACCAUUUAAGAAGAAGAAGAAACUCAAGGAAGCGCAACAGUUCCUGUUUAGUGGGCGAAGUUAAGUGGAACAGCCGGUCGCACCACCGAACACUCACUGCUCUGGACUUUUUUUUUCCAUUUGCCCCAGUUCUUCUUCAAAUUCAUCAUGAAGUACCUGCCUGUGGUAAUGGUCUUGGUGGUGGCGUUUACACUGGCCCUGUUGGGUGUCAUUCACUCUAGGAGGAACGUGGAGCGCCAACUAACCAAGACCUUGUAUUUCGAGAACGUUAAACACAGAGUGACCGUCGACGUGCUGAAGGAGUUCAAGGCCAAUAUUGUUGAGGCUAACAGCAGGAUCGACCGAACCAAGAAGGAGAUCGUGGACCUUACAGCAGCAAUCGAAACAGCUCAGGUUUCUGCAGAUGAGAAAAAAACUGAGCUGAAUACGUGCACCGAAGAACUGCGCCAGCUCAAGACUGCAUCUGAUGCCAUAGAAGCAGAGAGAAACAGAACCAUCACUGAGUUUCAGCAGCAGAGGGGCAGUUUCACAGAGCGGACAGCCAACAUUAAAAUACAAGCUGAGAAGCGCAGCAGAAUGUGUGACUACAUUAUCAAGUCCUCUGUCGAGGGGAUGAAAUUAUGUGGUAUCGUGCCAGUUCUACAAGCAGAGGCAAAACCUCAAGCUCCCAAAGCAGCCUGAAGAGAAUCAAAGGAAGGAGAUACAUUUGUGCUUGACAAGAGGUUGACAUGGUGAUGGCAGAGAAGAUAAACAUGAACCAUGAAUCAUCAUGAUAAAAAGACACAGGGCUUUAUUAUUUUAUUCAAAACAACGACAUGCACCCCUACACAGUCAUUCCUAUGUACAGUACAUACACAAAUGCAACAUUUAGUUGUGUAGAUUUUUUUUCUUGUUCAAUCUUGAUCAGUUAAUAAAUUUCCUUGAUAUA